UCGACACAGAUUUUGGUCGGUACAUGUAACGAAGCCGGUCUGACCGUGCGACGACCUUAACCAGGGUCGAGCGAGGCGUGCCAAUGAGAAACAAGAUGGCAAAGAGGAAAGUAUAAGCGGCCGGAGGCGAGCUGAAACGAGCCGGCCGAGGCCUCAGUUCGUCUUAAAACGCCUACGUCGCGGCAACGUUCACGAUCCUUAUUGCGCUGGAAAUCCAAGAUCGAGCAGAUUUUCUCUCCUAGGACGUCAAGCAAUCAGGAGAGAUCAUGAAAAGUCGAAGCUUGACAUUGUUUAUCACUCUUCUCGCGGUGUCUUUGAUCGUUGACGACACCGAGGCAGGAUGGAAGUUCUGGAAGAAGAAGGACAAAGACACGACCACCACGACAACUACAACGGUGGCACCAAGUUCAGUCGCGCCGACGACCAGCAAACCACCAAACAGUCCGACCAAUCUGGGCUCGGCAGUGAUCGGUGCCGGUGAUCCUGGUCUGGCGAUAGGCGUCAAUUCGAACGGGCAAAAUAUAAGAAACAACGCGAAACCAAAUAAACCGAACCCUGGAACGGAAGUGGGCCUGGACAUCGCGGUACCAAAGCCAGGUAAACCGGGAACUGGAGGGACAGGUGGUCAGGGGUACAGAGAUUGGGCAGCGGACCUUACUGGAGCCGGGGAACCCGGACGACCACAACCGAAAUUGCCUAACCAGGGACCAGCACUCAGUCCUGGAGCUACCAGACCAGCGUCUCUUCCUGGUACCACCCCAAGACCACAGCCCGCAGGUCCCAAGCCUGUUUCGACGCCGAGAGCUACCCCCGGGCAGCCUCAAUCGCCAGGUGUCAGACCAGGUCCAGCCCCUGGAAACAAUCCAGCCCCACGACCGCUAACCCUACCUCAGGAACCAUCUCAGCCACAAACACCAGGAUCAAGGCCCUCUUCCGUCCCAGGAAGUCCCUCGUCGCUAUCACCGCCAGGAACACCCACAUCAGGGCCAGGACAGGUGCGUCCGGCUGCUAAUCAACUAGGAACCGGAGGCAAUCAAGUGUCAACACUGUACGUUGGUAGUUUGAAUCCCAGCAGCACCACUCCACCUCCCUCCAGGCCAGGAAGUCCCGGUUCCCCCGGCAAAACCUGGGCUGAUGUCGCCGGCGGUGGUAGCAGGCCCAACUCUCCAACUCCUUCUCCAAGACAACCUGGUUAUCCAAAUCAACCAGGUUACCCUAGCCAACCAGGCCAGGCCCAGCCAAGACCCCAAACACCCGCUCAACCCGGUCGAACCAGGCCUUCCACGGGUGCAAUAGCGGGUGGUGCACUAGCAGGAGGUGCACUAGCGGGCGCAGCUGCAGCAGGAGCAGCCAGCUCUGCGAACAAAGCCUACUCGAGCAAUCCUACCUACAGCAAAGGCAACACAAUCACGGAUGAGGAUCUAGAGAAACUUGCCGAGGCUCUGUUCAUCAAAGACAACAACAACGCGAACAGACACAUAACCCUGAACCUCCAGAAGCAAACGUCUAGCAGCAGCACGACGGACGACGCGCCCCAACCACUGUUCACGGUGAACACGGAAGCCUUCCAAGGUCCAACGAUCCAGAGAGUCAUAUCGAUCUAUGACAAUUAUCAACCAGACACCAAUGUCAACGAACACAUAAGCCCGUUGCAAAGGCAAGAAGAGAGCCUCCUAGUUGACACGUUCCUCAGCACGAACGUGAUGUCCGCGGCGAUGAGGUUCUUGGCCGACAAAGGCCAGAUUCGAAAGGAUUACUACGACUACAAGGAGAACUUGAGGAAGAUAUGGUUCAAUCUGUUCUCCCGCGGGCAAGGAAAAAUCGGUAGCUCCGGAUUCGAGCACGUGUUCAUGGCGGAGCUUAAGAACGCCGCGACUGGCACCGAAGUGGUUGGCCUGCACAAUUGGAUCUUCUAUAGCAAGGAGGAGGCCAGCGGAAAGGCCGACUACAAUGGAUAUUUGAAGAAAGUUGACUUGGGAGACAAAGCUUCAAUCGUAAAAAUAAGGACGAAGUAUAGCGGGCAGGAUAAACCCGUGACGACCAUAUUCGUGGGUACCUCGCCAGAAUUAGAGAUGGCACUAUACACAGUCUGUUUCUAUGCACGACCAGACGGCAAUUGUCCAGUGUCUCUGGGAGGCACGAAGUUCAACAUUGUCACGUAUAAAUUUAGGUACAGAGGCAACGACCUCGUGGGAACGGCCUAUCCCGACAUAUAAACUAUUUGUAAACCCUCAUCGAUUCAUAAACAAAUCCUAGCUUUACUGUCAUUGACCACUAACGAAACAAUCUUACGUCUUUUAGGAGCGCGUAACCUUUUAAUGAAUCUAUUCCACUGUGACCUUUUACAAUUGUUUACCUAUGUUUGCAAAUAUGAAAGUAUAAUGUUAAUAAAAUCAACGCCAAUAUUUGACAGAUUUACCAAG